AUAAAACCAAGCGGGUCGCUAACCAAGGCAUUUAGUUUCCUUGCUGUAUCCGUGGCGAACGCAUAGUGACGAAGUGAUUUUCAAAAUGAAGUUCCUGUUGGUGUUAUUGGCGCUUGUUGCAGCAGCGUACAGUUACGAGUUUCAGGAGCGUCUGAAUGGUUACGAUCGCUCCUUAUCCAGUCAAAUAACCGAUUAUAUUGAGAACAUACGCACGCAAAUGCCAUGCGGUUUCCCAGGGCUCGGGCUCGGACCAUUGUCACCGGCACGUCUCUCACACCGCAAUAUCGCGCUCAACUCAAGUGGUCUAGUGUUGGCUGGUGAAAUCGACGAUUUCACACUCUAUGGUCUGGACGACUUUGACUUCUCGGUAAAGAUCAAUGUACUGCUCAGCAGAGUCACCUUCAAUUUCCACUGGCAUAAAGUGCAUUUCGUCACCAACUAUAAAAUGGACAUGAACACCGGUAAUAGAAUAAAUGCGGGACGCACUGGUGGCGCCAAGUUUGCCAUUGAGGAUUUGAAAAUUGUCGGCUCGGCCAAAUACAGCAUUAUCGGCAAGGUGCGCUUGAGGGAGUUCAAGGUUAGCGCCACCAUCGGUGAUGUGAAUUCGGAAAUAGAAAAUUUGUCCAAGAUCAAAAUUGUUAACAAAAAGUUGAACCAGAUCAUUGAGGAGUGGAUCUUGUUGGCGGUGAAUGAGAACACCAGUGAAAUGGAGGAGAUGGCGAAUGACUUUGUAGUGCCAUUUGUUAAUAACUUAAUAGGAGAUGCGACGUUGGUUGACAUAAUAGCGAAAAUUGGUGGUGGAAGUGGUGGUGAUGGUGGAAAUGGUAGUGGUGGGGAAUCUGAGGAAUGUAUUCCACCGGUAGUAGCGUUGACCGACGCAAUAUAAAAUUGCACAAACCAAAGACAUAGUUAAGUAGAAAUAUUUGAAGCUGCUCAGGGAGCAAGUAAUAGAUCUGAAA